CUCCUUCCCUCCCCUUUACCAAACACUAGCACCCCUCCCCUUCUGCAUAACAUCAUGCAUCUCCUACACCUCGGUGCAAAGUGCUGAAGUGUGGCUUUUUCGACACUCGGACACAAAGAGGGAGAAUGGCGGAUCGCAGCAUUGAUAGCCUGGCUCUUCCUCUCGAGGUGAGGGCCAAGCUGGCCGAGCUGGAUUUGGAAUUAUCCGAAGGAAGUGAUGCAAUGGAAUUUCCUAGGCAUGGCUACGAAGAAGAAAGACACAAUGGCAUCGCACUAGUAUCCAAGCAUCCCAGUGAGCUGCACCUAAUUACUGACAGCACCUUUCUUCAACGCGAUACAAAACCUAACUAUAAUGGGGACAUCACGCAGAAAGGGUAUGAAAAGAAGAAAUCCAAACUGCUCGGGGCUUACCUGCCGCAACCUCCAGGAGUGGAACCGUCCCUGCCUCAAGAGCGGCGAACACCCGUUACCCCAUCCUCCUCCUCCAGGUACCAUCGCCGCCGGUCAUCGGGAUCCCGAGAUGAGCGGUACCGAUCAGACGUACACACAGAGGCAGUGCAAGCUGCCCUUGCCAAACACAAAGAGAGAAAGAUGGCUGUUCCCAUGCCAUCUAAGCGACGCUCAUUGGUGGUCCAAACAUCCAUGGAUGCCUACACACCUCCAGUGAUGCACAGCCCUCAAGGGUUGAUCAGAGGAACAAGAAGGCUAAAUACUGAACUGAUUAUAAAAUAUACCUCUUCUGGGUCAGAAGAUGAGGGAUCAGGGCAAGGUGACUCGCAGGGAACCCCUUCCUCCAGCCAAGGCAGUCUGAACAUGGAACACUGGAUCAGUCGAGCGAUCCAUGGCUCCACUACAUCAUCCACCAACUCUUCCUCAUCCACACAGAGUGGGGGAAGUGGGGCUGCUAACGCACUGGCUGAUGUCAUGGCACAAACACGCAUCGAAAACCACUCCGCACCUCCAGAUAUCACCACUUACACAACAGAGCACUCAAUACAAGUUGAACGGCCACAAGGAUCAACAACAAGAACUAUCCCAAAAUAUGGCAAUGCUGAGCUAAUGGAAACUGGUGAUGGAGUCCCAGUCAGCAGCCGCGUCUCUGCCAAGAUCCAACAGCUUGUCAACACCUUGAAGCGGCCAAAGCGGCCGCCAUUACGGGAAUUCUUCGUCGAUGAUUUUGAAGAACUACUGGAAGUUCAACAGCCAGACCCUAACCAGCCGCGGCCAGAAGGAGCCCAGAUGUUGGCCAUCCGGGGAGAGCAGCUGGGUGUAGUGACUAACUGGCCACCUUCGCUAGAGGCAGCUCUUCAACGUUGGGGCACCAUCUCUCCAAAAGCACCUUGCCUGACAACCAUGGACACGAAUGGGAAACCACUCUACAUUCUUACAUACGGGAAGCUGUGGACGAGGAGUAUGAAAGUGGCCUACAACAUUCUGCACAAACUGGGCACCAAGCAGGAACCGAUCGUCAGGCCUGGAGAUAGGGUAGCUCUUGUUUUUCCAAACAACGAUCCUGCUGCAUUUAUGGUGGCUUUUUAUGGUUGCUUAUUGGCGGAGGUUGUGCCUGUUCCAAUUGAAGUGCCCCUUACAAGGAAGGAUGCCGGAAGCCAACAAAUCGGUUUUCUUUUGGGAAGUUGUGGUGCCACCGUUGCACUAACGAGCGAUGCUUGUCAUAAAGGCUUGCCGAAAACUCCAACAGGCGAGAUCCUACAGUUUAAAGGUUGGCCACGUUUGCUGUGGUUUGUCACAGAAUCGAAGCACCUGUCAAAGCCUCCACGGGACUGGUUCCCUCACAUCAAGGAUGCAAACAAUGACACUGCAUACAUUGAGUACAAGACGUGUAAAGAUGGCAGUGUACUUGGUGUGACCGUGACCAGGAUUGCACUGCUGACCCAUUGUCAGGCCCUGACUCAAGCUUGUGCUUACACAGAAGCGGAAACCAUUGUAAAUGUAUUGGAUUUUAAGAAAGAUGUUGGCUUGUGGCAUGGUAUUCUUACGAGUGUUAUGAACAUGAUGCAUGUAAUCAGUAUCCCAUAUUCAUUAAUGAAGGUGAACCCCCUGUCAUGGAUACAGAAAGUCUAUGCAUAUAAGGCCAAAGUGGCUUGCGUGAAGUCCAGGGAUAUGCAUUGGGCCUUGGUGGCACACAGGGAUCAGCGAGACAUCAACCUCACCUCACUGCGGAUGCUCAUAGUUGCAGAUGGAGCCAAUCCUUGGUCCAUUUCUUCUUGUGAUGCAUUCCUGAAUGUUUUCCAAAGCAAAGGAUUGCGUCCUGAAGUAAUCUGCCCUUGUGCCAGUUCACCUGAAGCUCUUACUGCAGCUAUCCGCAGGCCGACAGAUGAUACCAACCAGCCUCCUGGUCGAGGCGUCCUCUCUAUGCAUGGCCUGAGUUAUGGGGUGAUAAGAGUGGACUCUGAAGAGAAGCUGUCUGUUCUGACUGUGCAAGACGUUGGAAUGGUGAUGCCCGGAGCUGUGAUGUGUGUGGUAAGACCGGAAGGAAUCCCUUUGCUCUGCAGAACUGAUGAAAUCGGUGAACUCUGUGUCUGCUCCAUCGCUGCGGGUACUUCCUACUAUGGUCUAUCAGGGAUGACGAAGAACACUUUUGAGAUGUUCCCCAUUCUGAGCUCCGGGGCUCCAGUCAGUGAAUAUCCGUUUGUCCGAACUGGACUCUUGGGCUUUGUUGGCCCUGGAGGAAUGGUCUUUGUGGUGGGGAAGAUGGACGGUCUAAUGGUGGUCAGUGGGCGGCGGCACAAUGCAGAUGACAUCGUGGCAACGGCACUGGCAGUGGAACCAAUGAAGUUCGUCUAUAGAGGAAGAAUAGCUGUGUUUUCUAUAACUGUUUUGCAUGACGAGAGGAUCAUAAUCAUUGCUGAACAGAGACCAGAUUCUACUGAGGAGGAUAGCUUUCAAUGGAUGAGUAGAGUCCUUCAGGCAAUCGAUGGUAUCCAUCAAGUAGGGGUUUACUGCUUGGCCCUGGUACCAGCUAAUACUCUUCCAAAAACUCCUCUGGGUGGCAUACACCUCUCUGAAACCAAACAGUGCUUUUUAGAAGGUUCUCUCCAUCCUUGCAAUGUGUUAAUGUGUCCACACACUUGCGUAAUAAAUCUGCCCAAACCAAGGCAGAAACAACCAGAGAUCGGCCCUGCUUCCGUAAUGGUGGGAAAUCUGGUAUCAGGAAAGAGAAUCGCCCAGGCCAGUGGAAGGGAUCUAGGGCAGAUUGAAGAUAACGACCAAGGUAGAAAGUUUAUGUUUCUGGCUGAAGUUCUUCAAUGGCGUGCACAAACUACUCCUGACCAUGUGCUUUUCACACUACUGAAUUCUAGGGGAACAAUAGCCAAUUCUUUAACAUGCCUUCAGCUGCAUAAACGAGCAGAGAAAAUAGCAGUAAUGCUGAUGGAGAGAGGACACCUACAGGAUGGAGAUCACGUGGCUUUGGUUUAUCCACCAGGAAUAGACUUAAUUGCGGCAUUUUAUGGAUGCCUGUAUGCAGGUUGUGUGCCAAUAACUGUUCGACCUCCACAUCCACAGAAUAUUGCUACCACGUUACCCACAGUGAAGAUGAUAGUAGAGGUCAGUCGGUCAGCAUGCAUUAUGACAUCCCAAUUCAUUGUAAAACUCCUAAGGUCGAGAGAAGCUGGGGCUGCUGUUGAUGUAAGAACGUGGCCUCCUGUUUUAGACACAGAUGAUUUGCCAAAGAGACGGCCUUCCCAAAUUUACAAACCCUCAAACCCCGACACUUUGGCCUACCUUGAUUUUAGUGUAUCUACGACAGGAAUGCUGGCAGGGGUGAAGAAAAACUACUGCUGGGAGGUUGAAGACUCUUACACAGGAGCACCUGGCAUAUAUGCACAAGCCUUGCCCUCUAUUUCCAUCAAUCAGUUCACUCAUAAUAUGUCCCAUGCAGCAACCAGUGCCUUGUGUCGAUCAAUUAAGCUGCAGUGUGAGCUCUAUCCGUCUCGAGAAGUAGCAAUCUGCUUGGACCCUUAUUGUGGACUUGGAUUUGUUCUUUGGUGCCUCUGCAGUGUCUACUCAGGGCACCAGUCCAUUCUCAUCCCGCCUUCAGAAUUGGAGAUAAACCCCUCGCUCUGGCUUCUUGCUGUUAGUCAGUAUAAAGUGCGAGACACUUUCUGCUCCUAUUGUGUUAUGGAACUCUGCACCAAGGGGCUAGGCUCGCAAACCGACUCACUCAAGACCAGGGGAUUGGAUCUAUCUCGUGUCCGGACCUGUGUUGUCGUCGCAGAAGAGCGUCCCAGAAUAGCACUCACCCAGUCUUUUUCUAAGUUAUUUAAAGACCUGAACCUUAACCCAAGAGCUGUGAGCACAUCCUUUGGCUGCAGAGUGAAUCUUGCUAUCUGCCUUCAGGGUACAUCGGGACCUGAUCCUACAACUGUUUAUGUGGAUAUGAGAGCACUGAGGCACGACAGGGUCCGUUUAGUGGAAAGAGGAUCUCCUCACAGUCUGCCUCUCAUGGAGUCCGGAAAAAUACUACCUGGAGUGAGAAUAAUCAUUGCCAACCCUGAAACAAAAGGACCGCUGGGGGAUUCUCACCUUGGCGAGAUUUGGGUUCACAGUGCUCAUAAUGCGAGUGGAUAUUUCACCGUUUAUGGAGAUGAAUCACUUCAAUCAGAUCAUUUUAACUCCCGCCUAAGCUUUGGAGAUACACAAACAGUAUGGGCUCGAACUGGUUACUUAGGAUUUCUUAGACGGACGGAUCUUACUGACGCCAGUGGAGAACGCCACGAUGCGUUGUAUGUUGUGGGUGCUUUGGAUGAAGCAAUGGAAUUGCGAGGAAUGAGAUAUCAUCCCAUUGACAUUGAAACAUCUGUGAUUCGUUCUCACAAGAGUAUCACUGAAUGUGCGGUGUUUACCUGGACUAAUCUUUUGGUGGUGGUUGUGGAACUGGAUGGAUCAGAACAGGAGGCUUUGGACCUUGUUCCCCUGGUUACUAAUGUGGUUCUGGAGGAACAUUACCUGAUUGUAGGAGUUGUAGUUGUGGUAGAUGUCGGAGUGAUCCCAAUAAACUCUCGUGGAGAAAAGCAACGCAUGCAUCUAAGGGAUGGAUUUUUGGCAGACCAACUCGAUCCGAUCUAUGUGGCCUACAACAUGUAGCCUCUUGUUCAAGGCUUCCAUUGACUAUGUGUAUGUACAUAUGUAAAAAUGACUCUUUGGUGUUCACCACAAAUGUGCAGAAACCGAAAGACAAAUGGUUGCUCCAGAGGGGGACUUUCUGCACUUGCAAGCACUAGUGACUCGUCACAAAGAUGUGAAACUAUUCCUUUGUACCACAAAGACAAUGAUUAGUACACAGCCCUUUGAAGGUCAAAAUCCCAUCAUGGAAUCGAUUUCUUGCUUGUUGGUUGAUUAACUGCUUUUAAAGUAAGUGUACUAUCUGCGCUCUGUAUUUUUAAGUUAUGUCAGCUGAAGUUGCUAAACGUUUUUUAAUCUGCCCUCUAAGGGGGUGCUGUUUAUGUAUUCACAUACUGUGGCAAAAAAAAGCAAGUAUUUUAGGUUGUCGAUUCUUGAGAUUUGGUCAAAAUUCGUUCAAAAGUUGUAAACAAGAAACCUUACCUUCUACCUAGAAAUGACUGACCGAAGAUAUUUUGUUCCUCCUUUUAUUUUCUUGUAGGUCUGGUAUUUGAUAUUAAGAGGUACAAGAGUAACAUCUACCAUGUCUGCACCUUUAGAGUUGCAACUAAGUUAUGGGUUCCCUCUCAAAGCAGGGCUUGGGGAAAAACGCGCAAGGACAAUUAGGAGCUGUCUGCCACCUAACAAUGGGGGGGUAGAUUGCAGGUCCAUCCAGUAAUAGGGUUCAGAUAAGUUUUCAUGUGUGAUGAUUACCAUUGUACUACAAAAAAAGGAGAAAAAACACUGAGUAACUUCAUAUUGUGUAAUUAUGUACAAAACAGUUUUAAUUUAUUUUGUUCUUUAGAAGUAUAUUAAGAGAGAGACAUUUGAGAAUGUUUUACUCUUUUAAAUGUUUGCUAUUAAAAGGCAAAGUGUUACAUUUUAUGUGGAUAGCUUCACAUCUGCACACUAUAUUCGAGGUAAUUCAUCAGAUCUUUGGUUUUACCAAUGGAAGAAAUAUUGAAAAUGCAGUAAUUCUUACUUGCAUGGUGUCCCAGUUUUUUAAGAUGAACGUAAGGUUGUGUUAUUCACUCGGUCCACCUCAGAGGUGCAGUAUCCUAGCACAUGAUGUGAUGUACGCAAGCACCUUCCAUCAGAAGAUAAAAGUUUGUGAAAAGAUCUGUGGACAUCUUUAUGCUUGUGAAUUAACUGAAGUUUAAAGUGCACUAAAAAUAUUUUAAAAAAUCAAUAAAAAAAUUGUAUUGUGCCAGAUUGGCUGGUGUUCAUUAAUAACUUUGUGUUUGCAUGUGCACACAUACACUGACUGUUGUUAGACUCUCCACAUGUGGCAGGUUAAACAGAGCAGGUUGUGUGGUUUUCAGGAUGUGCACAUACUUUAACAUCCCCAUGUGCUUUAAUCUCCAAACUGACAGCUAUACUUUUUACUUACUGCUGCUAAUUGUAUUUAUGGUAAGACUUUUUCUUAACCUGUUUUGGGUUCUAAGAAAAUUACAAAAAUAACUAACUGCAAAAGAGCCAUUUUUCCAGUAAACCUUUUUAAUUAUAGGUUAAGAAACUAAUGUACAAGAAACAGUGUUAAUUUUUUAUAAUCUUUUACAACAAUAUUUUGCAAUGUGAGUUUUAAUUUUUGCUCUAAAAGAUGCAAUAGGCACACAAAAUGGUGGCUGGUAACUUUUCCCUUACUCCAUUUUGUGACAAGCCCAUGUUCCAUUGUUAGUCAUUUGCCGUUUGCCAAGCUAAACAUUCUCCCAUGUGCUUCGAGACAGACCGGGUCUGGUCUACAGUAAAUUUCUUAAGAGCUCUUCAAAUAUUGCUGGUUUAUGAUUAAUUGGUAAGAGAUGCUAGAUAAACAGAGAGAGAGAGCGAGAGAUUGACAACAGUUAAACAAAUAAUUCCAAUUGUGUUUUGACAGCAGUACUGCAGAAACUUGACAGAAGAUACACCUGUUUAGUAGCUGGCACCCCUGAGUUGCCUGAUUGGAUAUGAAACACAGAAUACUGCCUUAAUUAGUGACCAAGCCCAAGGAUAUUGAAUAUCCUCUGGUGCAUCAAAAUGGUGUUUGCCAUUUUUGAGGAAAUAAAGAAGAAUAAAUAGUAGGGAUGGUAAUACUGCUCCCAGGUCCUGAGAACCAAAUCCAACACAUUGGGUAAUAUUGCCUUAGCAAGGUUUAUCAUAUUUUUUAUGCCAGGUCUGUUGCGUCCUGUGCUACCUGCCAUUUGUAAAGAGAGUCUAACAUUUACUAUUUGUAGUAAAGUAGAUUUCUUGUUUUGUUGUGAGAAUGGAAGAAGCAACCAUCCAGAGUCCUCACAGACUCAGCAAUAAAGAAGGCUUGUCCCGUAAUAGGAAAACUUACUAUAGUUAAACCAUGCAUUAGAAUGUAUAAAAACUGUUUGUCUUGUGAUCUAGUGCUUUGAAGUAAAAGAAAACCAUGUAAUCAAAUGAUGCACAUGCACAAAAUGGAAGGUACAUGAAGAGCAUAUAAUAUCAAAAACAGGAUCAGAUUCCUCACGGUGCUUGUUAUUAUUAUCCUGCUUGACACUUUACCCAAGGGAAGACUGUCCCUUUUAUCAGUUGAAUGUUAGCAGCGUUCAGUCAUAUAGUCCAGUGACUGGUAGAGAAUGUUGUGUACUCAACCAAUCACAAUGGAUUUUACUGUGCAAAGGACAGCAAUCUUUCUUGUAUGUUAAACCACCAGUACGCUUUGUACAUCUGUGAUAACGCCUGUUUUAUAUUCAAAUGAAUAAAUAAAAGCUUUUAUUUUUGUUGCUCUGAAAACAAUUCAUCUGUCUUCAUUCAACAGACAACAUUUCCUCAUAAUGGGCUUCAUUAGCGCAUACUCUUGUACCCUUCAAUUUGCUUUCUCAAGAUUAGAAACCAUCCUUUGCCAGCAGUUCUUACUUAUUUUUGGCUGAAUGUAAGAGGAGAAUUAUUAUAUUUAGAAAAUAUGUACCACAAAAUAAGAAUUGGCACAAUGUACUAAUAGUCUGGUACAAGGGAAAAUCUCAAAUUGGUUCUAAAAACUAAAUUAUCCAAUCUUCCAAACAUUUAUCCAAGUCACUAUUAUUUUUCUUCAGAUUUUGUCUUUUGGCAGUUGAUUUAUAUAUAAUGCAGUUAAAAUUUCCUCUUGCAAGCCUAUUUCUGUUCUGAUUCAGGACUUUAUGGCAUUUGACCAUUUAUCAAAGUAAUGUGUAUAUUAUCAUCAGAUUUUGUUUUAUGGGGACACUAUCAAAAGGUCAUAUUAGUGGAAAUGGUUGUUGCUCCAUCUAUCUAUUCCUUUAAGAAGCUUAAAUCUUGCUCCUAAUAUCUCCUCAGAGUUAUCACCUUAAGAGAGCAUAAGUUAAUAUAUUUUUUCCUGGCUUGCACAUUUUAAGACACUUAUGAAUCUCCUUGCCAUUUACAGAACAUAUGCUAAUGGCUAAAUAUUCUUGCUGGAGGACAGUGAGAAAGAUUGCUCAUUAUUCCAAAGUACAAUCAAACCUACAUCCUCUUCCAGACUUGCACAGACAUCUGGUGUUAGCAUCCUAGCCCUUCCAUUGUGGAUGCCAAUGAAUGAACCAGGGGAAGGGUCUGAGGAAGGAGUUCUCAGAUCCGUUCUAUGUUGCUCAUUUGGUUUUAUUCCUUUCCUCUGAUCUUGUAUCAUUUCUGUUCGGUGCACAUGUCACCCAUUGUCCCAUCUCUCUGGAAUCCCAUUAAUUAGUUUGAGCCAGGUUAAAUAUUAAUAAGAUGUCCUUCUAUAAAUACGACUUGUCCAGGGUGUAGGCAAACUUGUUUCCACUGCAAAUGGCAGCACCCGUACAGACAGAUUCAUUCAGACAAACUAUCCUUCAAUUCAGUUCAUUUUUAAUCUAAAUCAGAGUCCUAUGGUUUCCCGCAUUGCCCCUGCAGCCAUUAAAUUUUAAAGUUUGUUAUUAGGCUGGCGAUCCCUGACACCAUUUUGUAACGGUUCUUUACUAAUCAUUAAAGGAUCUUGCUACUAAACCUCUUACGUUCCUUUCUGAAUUUAAUCUGGUAAAGUGUUGUAUUUGCUGCUUCAUUUCCUAUCAUUGGCCAUCAAAUCUAAUUCAUAUUUCAAUACUUCAUCCCUUCAACACAAUACAGAGAGAGAUGAUCCCCUGAACACAGUUGUACUUCAGCAUAUUUGUUAUUCUUUCAAUAAUUUACCUUUUAUGAUCUACACGUACACCAAAAUGUGACUUUUUGCCUGAGUAGGUUACACUGGGUAAUGGCAGAAGGGCCCCUUCACUCAAGAGGAAUGAUCCAGUUUGACUUUGACUAUAAAGAGCAGCUUGCAAUUCAUAUUAUUUGAGCAAACACACGAAUAGUUGAAUUCUAUUUCACAACCUGUCAUUCAUUUAAUCAGCCAAGCUCUGGAUGCUGGUCCACUAACGUAAACUCCAUAGUGUUGUUUAAGUGAAGUCAGUUUAUUCUGCAUUUGUAAUGUAGAUUUUAAAAACUGAAAUUGUACAAUUUUUGAAAAACAAUGUUUUUUUCAAUAAAUAAAAGCGUUGUUGCAACAUAUUUGGGUUUUGUGCGUCUUUAUCUUAUAAAAUGUUGCCCAACUUUCCUAGCACUGGUAUUAACUCUUCAUUAGCAUGGAUUGGUUUCCUCAAGCACCAAUUCAGAACUAGCAUUGCUCUGCUCAUCAAAACCCAUUCUUAGCCCAUCCACUUGAUCAUUCAUUCACUCACUGACUUCACUUCUGGAUCACAAAUCCAUUCUUUACCUUAAACAUGUCAGUACCUUCCAUGCUCAGGUGUUGCAAAACUACAAGACACAUUAAGAAUACAUACUGUAUAAUUGGAAGCUUAGUGUGCUGGCUUUCAUUGUCACUCAUACCUAGAGUCAUAUAGCACUGAAACAGGCCCUUCGACACAACUUGUCCAUGCCAACUAAGAUGCCCCAUCUAAGCUAGUCCCAUUUAUCUGCGUUUGGCCCAUAUCCCUUUAAACCUUUCCAAUCAUGUACCUGUGUAAAUGUGUUAUAAAUGUUGUCAUUGUACAUGGUUCAAAUAUUUCCUCUGGCAACUUGUUCCACAUACCCACCACCCUCUGCGUGAAAAAGUUGCCCUGCAGCUUCCGAUUAUCUCUUGAUUCUCCAAACCUGGGUAAAAGACUCUGUGCAUUCACCCCAUUUAUUUCUCUCAAGCUGCACUUGAUGUACUUAAUGUGCCAUUUCCACACUUCCUGCUCAUUUGCAAACAUCAUCUGCUCCAGCAUCAUUGCCUCUCAUCAAUCACCACCAACUCCAGAAGUACCCAUGGUCUGGUUGUCUAUCUUUGUCCUGCUCCUUUGUGAUAUAAGUCACAGGCUCCUGCCUCCAAUAAAGCUCUUCUCUUGUGCCUCCUCAAAUCUUCAUGCACAUUUUUAUAAACUUGAUUGAAUUUACUGGUCUUUUAUCCCACACAAUCCCAACUAUCUUGCCCCAUCCUACUGAGCACAGCAGAGAAGCAGCCCAUUGGCCCAGUACAAUCCAUGCUGACCAAGGCAUAUCCGAAGGUAAUCACACAUGUUCGAUUUGCCCACACAAAGAAUAAGACCUUCAUCUUUAUGCACUCCCUAUUUUGUUGUGGUGGUAUUAUCCUCCUUUUGUCGUGUUAAAUUUGCCAGCUCACAUCCCUGCAAACCCCUCAGCCCAAAUGUCCUUCAAGCAUUGCAAUUGCACCUGCCUACACCCCUUUCUCCAGUAUGUUCCUCCAUACACACACACUACCCUCUGUAUGAUAAAACCCAUCCCUGCGGCCCCACUCAGCACGGUGGUGCAGCGGUAGAGUUGCUGCCUUACAGCGCCAGUGACCCGAGCUCGAUCCUGACUAUGGGUGCUGUCUGUACGGAGUUUGUAUGUUCUCCCCAUGACACCUGCGUGGGUUUUCUCCGGGUGCUCCGGUUUCCCGCC